GAUGAUAAUCGACGUGAAGAGGCGGGGAACUCGACAUUUCGCGGGACGUUUAUGACCCUUCGAGAAUGAGAUAACUUUAAUUGUUUGGAAAUACAGCAUUAUAACCAAAAGGAAAGAAAAAAAAACCUGAUUUGAUCUAAUUGCAUCGUGAAUAUCAAAAGUCCCUGUGAUAUGGGGAUUCCGUAGUUGAAUAUCAAUGCGAUUAGAGAUUUCUUAUUCCAAACGAUAAGCUCCAAUAUCCACAUUGGGUAUAGUCAGUGUUUAUAUGAACGUGCUAAAAUGAAAGCUUUCUUUGUUGCAUGCUUUUCUACCUGCUUCCUGAGUGCAGUUUCUGUGCCCGUCUCAGAUGACCCGAAUUUAAUCAAGGACGAAUCAAAAGGAGUCGAGUUUUUGGAUUGGUACAAUGCAGAGUUUUCAAAAGUGGAGUACAGGUAUAGGUUAACACAAUGGGAUUACUACACCAAUAUAACGGACCACAACCAAAAGAAAGUGGUGGAGGCAGAUGUCUGGAGGUCAAAGUUUGUCAACGAAGCUGUCAAGAAUGCUUCUCGAUACGACUGGAGGAACUUCCGGAACGGCACCGUACAACGACUAUUCCGGAUUAUUACGGAUGUGGGCUGGGCGGCUCUCAGUGAUCCGAAAAAAGUCAAAAGGUUAAGCAAUGUAAGCGCAGAGAUGAAGAAGAUAUACAGCGAGGCAUCUGUGUGCAAUGUCUCUGGGGAUCACUGUAUAGAUAUGGAAACCGGACUAACUCCGAUAAUGGCGAAUAGCAGGGAUUACGACACGUUGGUGCGGGCCUGGAAGGGUUGGAGAGACGUAACAGGAAAACAGAUGAGAACCCUGUACACGGAAUACGUGAACCUGAUGAAUGAGGGCGUGAAGCAGGCCCCUGGGGAUCAUUCUGACACGGGGGAUUAUCUCAGAGGUUGGUACGAAUCUCCCACUUUCCAGAAGGACCUGAAGGAGUUAUUGAAGCAGUUGCGACCACUUUACUCGCAGCUCCACGCUUACGUCAGAGCCCGUCUACAGAAACAACAUCCCCAGCAUCGCUUCCCAAAAUCGGGCCACAUACCGGCCCACAUACUGGGGAAUAUGUGGGCUCAGAAUUGGGAGAACAUCUACCACCUGGUGCAACCUUACAAAAGCAAAUCCGAAAUAGAUGUCACCUCUUCUCUGAAAGAACAGAACUACAACGCUACAACAAUAUUUCGAACGGCAGAGAAUUUCUUUACAAGUUUAGGAUUAUCGCCCUUGCCGGCCAGUUUCUGGGAAAACUCCAUGUUGUCUAAACCAACAGACGGACGAAGCGUUGUCUGUCAUGCCUCCGCCUGGGACAUGGGUAACAGCAAAGACUUCAGGAUUAAAAUGUGUACCGCCAUUACAAUGCCGGAAUUGAUCGUUGUACAUCAUGAGAUGGGUCACAUUAUGUAUGACAUGCUCUACAAAGAUCAGCCCAUUGCAUUCCGUGAUGGCGCCAACCCAGGUUUCCAUGAAGCCAUUGGUGAUCUGAUUGCUCUCUCGGUGUCCACACCAACUCACCUGAAAGAGCUCGGACUUCUGGACAGCGCCCAAAAGGAUACAGAGAGUGACCUGAACUUUUUGAUGGUCCAGGCCCUCCGAAAAAUCGCUUUCCUUCCGUUCGGAUAUUUAAUUGACCAAUGGCGGUGGAGCGUUUUUAGUGGGAACACGACGGAGGCUAACUACAACAGAGACUGGUGGGAUCUAAGAUGCCGUUACCAAGGAAUAUUUCCGCCUGUUGAGCGAAGUGAGGACGAUUUUGACCCCGGUGCCAAAUAUCACAUUCCAUCGGGUACCCCGUAUAUCAGGUAUUUCAUCAGUCAUAUCCUACAGUUCCAGUUCCAUAAGGCCUUGUGUCAGGAGAAGGGACACAAUGGACCGCUGCACCUGUGUGAUAUCUACAACUCGAAAGCUGCUGGGGACAAGUUAAAGAAUGCUUUAAAGCUCGGGGCAUCCAGACCAUGGCCAGAAGUCCUUAAGAUGUUAACAGGAACACCUAAGAUGGACGCAGGACCGAUGAUUGAGUACUUUUCCCCACUGAUUGAAUGGCUAAAGAAAACCAACGAGGAGGAGAAGAACAUCCCAGGGUGGGCCUCGUACGGCUGUCCAUCUGUUGAAACAGGGCGAGUGAGAGAUGAAGAAGCCGCGAGACAAUUCGCUAGAGAUUUUAACGAUCUGUCAGAGACACGGACCAGUGAAGAUGUGGAAAUAAACUGGGAGUACAAUACAAAUAUUACAGAGUUCAACCAGAAACAAGUGGUUAGUUCUAGUGUGGAGCACGCUGAGUUCAAGAAAGAGAUGGCUGACUUAGCUAACCUGUACGACUGGCAAUUAUUUACAGACGAGGAUCUCCGUAGAUUGUUUAGUAAAAUCACUGACAUUGGCACUGCAGUUCAGGGUGACCAAGACAAACUAGCCAAGAUGAAUGAAGCACAGUCGGACAUGGAAUCAGUUUACAGCACAGCCAAUGUCUGCCUAAGUGAUGGGUCCUGUCACCAGAUAGAACCAGGUCUCACUCAGCUGUUAGCUACAUCAACAAACUACAGUCUCUUAAGUGAGGCUUGGACGCUUUGGCGAGACGCUACUGGCCCGAAAAUGAAAUCCAACUACGAGCAACUUGUCGCUUUAAGUAACGAAGCCAUCAAAUUAGCAAAUUUUUCGGACAUCGGAGCCUAUUGGCGCUCUUGGUAUGAAACAGCAACAUUCCAGGAAGAUUUAGAAAAAUUACUGAAUGAAUUGAAGCCUCUGUAUGAAAAUUUACAUGCUUACGUGAGGAGGAAGCUGAAACAAGUUUACGAUAGUGAUAAGGACAAGUUUCCAACGUCCGGUCACAUUCCAGCCCAUCUACUUGGUAACAUGUGGGGGCAGCAGUGGAAUAACAUUGCUAAGUAUGUGUUACCUUACCCAGACAAAGAGGGUAUCGAUGUUACACCUAAACUGAAAGAAAAGGGAUAUAAUGCCAAGAAACUGUUUGAGAUCUCGGAGGAGUUUUUCCUGUCGCUGGGGUUGAUUGGCAUGCCGGAGACGUUCUGGGAGGAUAGCAUGAUCACCAAACCAACGGACAGAGAAGUGGUCUGCCACGCCUCAGCCUGGGAUUUCUACAAUAGAAAGGACUUCAGAAUAAAAAUGUGCACAGAGAUUAGCAUGGAAGAUUUGAUUACAAUCCACCAUGAAAUGGGACAUGUAGAGUAUUUCCUGCAGUACAAAGAACAGCCAACCUCUUUCAGAGAGGGUGCCAACCCAGGUUUCCAUGAGGCAGUUGGUGAUGUCAUGGCUCUCUCUGUCUCCACUCCGGAACAUCUUCACGAAAUUGGCUUACUGGACAAUCUAGAAAAUGACACAGAGACUGAUUUGAAUUUCCUGAUGUCAAUGGCUCUGGAAAAGAUUGCUUUCCUCCCCUUCGGUUAUCUGAUUGACCAGUGGAGGUGGAGUGUGUUUAGUGGGGAGACUGCCUAUGCAGAAUACAAUAAAAAGUGGUGGGAAUUAAGGUGUAAACACCAAGGUGUCUCACCACCGGUAGACAGAACAUCAGAUGAUUUUGACCCCGGUGCAAAAUACCAUGUGCCAGCUAACGUCCCAUACAUUAGAUAUUUUGUAAGUUUUGUCAUACAGUUCCAGUUUCACCAAGCACUGUGCAAGGAAGCAGGGAAAACUAAUGUUCCUCUUCACAGAUGUGAUAUUUACAGAUCAGCAAAUGCCGGUCAGAAAUUAAGUGAUAUGCUGAAGUUAGGAUCUUCUGUAUCCUGGCAAGAGGCGAUGGAGAAGGUCACAGGGCAGCGGGAAAUGAGCGCAAAGCCACUGUUGGAAUACUUCAAGCCGCUGACGGACUGGCUAGAAAAACAAAACCAGGGAGAAGCCGUAGGAUGGACGGAUGACUGUCCUGGUGGAGGACGGAAGAGGAGUGCUGAUAAUACUCCGUCAAAAUGGUUACGGGAGUACAACAAUAUAGCACAACAACAGUUAUACACGGAGUAUGAAGUAGAAUGGAAUUACGCAACCAACAUCACAGAUGAAAAUUCAGAGAAACUGGUAGAUGCAAGGUUGAAGUAUGCUAAAUUUGGGAAAGAAGCAUCCCAGAAUGCAUCUCGAUUGCUGAGGGAGUACAAUUCCAGUUUAAAUUCUCAAGAGAGGAGGGGGCUGAAGAAAAUAGCUACUAUCGGAACAGAUGCACUAAAAGAUGAAGCGAAACUAAAACAGUUAAACACUCUGCAAUCAGAGAUGGAAGGAAUCUAUGGCAAGGCCAAAGUAUGUGUGGGAAAGGGGAACUGUUUGCCUCUGGAGCCUGACAUAUAUCACAUAGUGGCGACCUCCAGAAAUUACUCCGAGUUGGAACUUGUCUGGAAGGGCUGGAGAGACGCCAGUGGAAGGAGGAUGAAGGGCAAAUAUGUGGAAUUCGUAAGCCUCAGUAACCAUGCGAUACAGGAUCUAAACCAAGGAUUUAGAGACACGGGUGAUUAUUGGCGAUCGUCGUAUGAGAGUGCGUCCUUUCAGGAGGAUUUGGUUACGUUGUUGGGAGAGUUGAAACCUUUGUAUAAGGAAUUACAUACUUACGUCAGAAGACAACUAAGACAGUUAUACGGAGGCGAGAAAUUCCCCCGGACUGGACACAUCCCGGCUCAUAUUCUGGGAAACAUGUGGGCGCAACAUUGGAACAAUAUCUAUGACUUAAUCAUUCCAUUCAAAAAUAAAGCCAGCGUAGACGUUACUCCAGCAAUGGUUACCCAGCGCUAUAACGCAUCACACAUGUUCCACGUUUCCGAAGAGUUCUUCACAUCUUUGGGGUUGACGGCGAUGCCUGGAGCCUUCUGGGAGAAAUCAAUGAUAGUCAAACCAGACGGACGGGAGGUUGUUUGUCACGCAUCGGCAUGGGACUUUUAUAAUCAAAAGGAUUUUAGAAUUAAGAUGUGUACAACUGUUACUAUGGAGAAUUUGAUAACUAUUCACCAUGAAAUGGGCCACAUCCAGUAUUUCUUGCAAUACAAAGACCAGCCUGUCCAAUUCAGAGAUGGUGCAAAUCCUGGUUUCCAUGAGGCGAUUGGUGACACGAUGGCUUUAUCCGUAUCAACCCCAAAGCAUCUUCACAGAAUUGGUCUUCUUGAUAAACUGGAAAGUGACAACGAAACUGAAAUAAAUUUCCUGAUGUCAAUGGCGUUGGACAAGAUCGCCUUCCUCCCCUUCGGCUACCUGAUUGACCAGUGGAGGUGGAGUGUGUUUAGUGGGGAGACAACUCCUGACAAAUACAACCAGAAGUGGUGGGAGUUGAGAUGUAAGUAUCAAGGAAUAUCCCCCCCAGUCGAGAGAACGGAGGAGGACUUUGAUCCUGGGGCAAAAUACCACAUUCCAGAUAACACGCCAUAUAUUCGAUAUUUUGUAAGCUACGUCAUACAGUUCCAGUUUCAUAAGGCACUCUGUGAAGCAGCGGGACAGACUGGUCCCCUUCACCAGUGUGACAUCUACCAGUCCAAGACGGCGGGAAAAAAACUAGGAGACAUGUUAAAAUUGGGGUCUUCUGUUCCAUGGCAAGAUGCAAUGCAACACCUAACAGGACAAAGAAAAAUGAGUGCAGGUGCCCUGAUGGACUACUUUAAACCACUCACUGAUUGGCUUAAAAUUCAAAAUCAGGAUGAUACAGGUGGUUGGCAAGAAGAUUGUCCGAAAUAUCUAUCAGCUGGUGAUAAGGUAGCCAAGCAGUGGUUGGAGGAAUACAACAGGGCUGCAGAAGCUACUUUUUACGAAGAGGGGGAAAUGGAGUGGACAUACGCGACCAACAUCACAGACGAAAAUGAAAAGAAGCUGGUCGCAUCUAGAUUGGAGUUGGCUCAGUUCGAAAAAGAGGCUGCGAAAAAUGCAUCAAAACUUCUGCACAGUUACAACGUGUCAACAUUAACAGAUAGUGGAAGACAGCUGUUUCUGAUUUCUGAUAUAGGAACUAGCGCCCUUCGGAAUCAAACAGUGCUUGAAAAAUUAAACACACUUCAGUCUGAAAUAGAGGGAAUAUAUGGGAAAGCAGAACUUUGCCUGGAGAACUCACCUUGUCUAUCUUUAGAGCCAGAUAUGUAUAGAAUAAUGUCAUCUUCGCGGAAUUACACGGAACUACAAACAAUUUGGGAAGGAUGGAGGGAUGUUAGUGGAAAAAAAAUGAAAGAAAAGUACGCCGAGUUUGUAAAACUGAGCAAUCAGGGGAUCCAGGAGCUAGGUCUAGGCUACACAGACACAGGCGACUACUGGAGGGCUGCUUACGAGAGCGAUACGUUCCAGCAAGAUCUCCGACAGCUUCUAGAACAGCUCAAACCUCUGUAUCAGGAACUGCACACUUACGUCCGAAUGAAACUCCGGAAGUUAUAUGGAUCCGACAAGUUCCCUGACUCGGGACAUAUUCCAGCUCAUAUACUGGGAAAUAUGUGGGCACAGGAAUGGCAGAAUUUAUAUGACCUACUUAUCCCUUUUAAAGGCAAAACCAAUGUUGACAUUACACCGGUAUUAAAAGCGAAAAAUUAUACAGCCCUUCGCAUGUUCCAAACAGCGGAGGAUUUUUUCACCUCCUUGGGAUUAAAGGCAAUGCCACAGCCCUUCUGGGACAAGUCAAUGAUUGUUAAACCUGAGGGGCGUGAUGUGGUUUGUCACGCAUCUGCCUGGGAUUUCUAUAACAGAAAAGACUUCAGAAUCAAAAUGUGCACGGACAUUACAAUGGAGGAUCUGAUCACUGUGCACCAUGAGAUGGGACACAUACAGUACUACCUGCAGUACAUGAACCAGUCGCUGACCUACAGAAAUGGGGCUAAUCCUGGGUUCCACGAGGCGAUCGGAGAUACUAUGGCGUUGUCUGCCUCCACACCACAGCACUUACACAAAAUAGGACUCCUGGAAAAUCUGCAGAAUGACCGAGAGACCGACCUGAAUUAUUUGAUGAAAAUGGCUCUUGAAAAGAUUGCUUUCCUCCCCUUCGGUUAUCUGAUUGACCAGUGGAGAUGGAGUGUGUUUAGUGGGGAGACAACUCCUGACAAUUAUAACGACAAAUGGUGGGCACUCAGAUGCCAGUAUCAAGGAAUCUCUCCUCCAGUAGAAAGAACAGCAGAUGAUUUUGAUCCCGGUGCCAAAUACCACAUCCCAUCCAAUACACCUUAUAUCAGAUACUUUGUGAGUUUUGUGAUACAGUUCCAGUUCCACAAAGCCUUGUGUGAGGAGGCUGGACAAACAGGUCCACUCUAUCAGUGUGAUAUUUACCAGUCCAAAGCAGCCGGCAAGAAGCUAGGUGAUAUGCUGAAAUUAGGAUCAUCUCUACCAUGGCAACAUGCGAUGGAGAAAUUAACGGGACAAAGAAAGAUGGACGUUGGUCCUCUGAUCGAGUAUUUUAGUCCUCUGUUAGAAUGGCUGAAAGUUCAAAAUCAAAAUGAGACAGGUGGCUGGGGGAUGGAAUGUCCAACUUUUCUAGAGAAGGUAGAUGUGAAUGCAGCCAAGCAAUGGCUGGAAGUGAACAACCAGAUAGCACAGAUAAAGUUCAGUGAAGAAACUGAGGUGGAGUGGACGUACGCGACAAAUAUCACCGAUGAAAAUGCUCAGAAGCAGGUAAAAGCACGGUUUGAACUCGCUGAAUACGAGAAAGAUUCUGCGAGGAAAGCUUCUUACUUGCUGCAGGCUUUGAACAUUCCACGAACAUCUAUAACUGGGAGGGAGUUGUUCAAAGUGUCUGACAUUGGAACAAGUGCUCUCACGGACAAAUUAAAGCUGCAAAAGUUGAAUGAGCUACAGUCGGAAAUAGAAGGAAUAUAUGCGAAAGCUCAGUUUUGUGUGACCAAUGACUCGUGUCUUUCACUUGAUCCAGAUAUGUCCCGAAUAAUGUCGUCAUCCCGGAACUUUACGGAACUAAAGACGGUGUGGGAAGGCUGGAGAGACGUCAGUGGGAAGAAGAUGAAGGAGAAAUAUUCUGAUUUUGUGAAACUGAGUAACGAAGGCGUAAGAGAACUGAACAUGGGCUAUAAUGAUACUGGAGAAUAUUGGAGGUCGAAAUAUGAAAGUGACACGUUCCAGGAAGACUUGAAAGGACUUCUGGAACAGCUGAAACCAUUGUAUCAGGAGCUCCAUACCUACGUGCGGAAAGAAUUGAGAAAACAGUACGGUACAGAGAACUUCCCUGUCUCAGGCCACAUUCCAGCUCACUUGUUAGGAAACAUGUGGGCUCAACAAUGGCAGAAUAUCUAUGAUUUGGUGAUACCAUUUAAAAAUAAAGCAAAUGUUGAUAUCACUCCAGUUCUGAAGCAGAAGAACUUCAAUGCACUGAGGAUGUUCAAAACAGCAGAGGAGUUCUUCACGUCUCUUGGUCUGAAGCGGAUGCCGGAAGCAUUCUGGAAUAAAUCGAUGAUUGUGAAACCUGAGGGGCGUGAUGUAGUUUGUCAUGCCUCAGCCUGGGAUUUCUAUAAUCAGAAGGACUUCAGAAUCAAGAUGUGUACAGACAUUACAAUGGAGGACCUGAUCACCAUCCAUCAUGAGAUGGGACACAUACAGUAUUAUCUGCAGUACAUGGACCAGCCUGUUGCCUUCAGAGAAGGAGCCAAUCCAGGUUUCCACGAGGCGAUCGGAGACACCAUGGCUUUGUCUGCAUCUACUCCCCAACAUUUACAGAAAAUAGGACUCCUUGGAAACCUACAGAAUAGUCGAGAGACCGACCUGAAUUAUUUGAUGAAAAUGGCUCUGGAAAAGAUUGCUUUCCUCCCCUUUGGCUACCUGAUUGACCAGUGGAGGUGGAGUGUGUUUAGUGGGGAGACAACUCCUGACAAUUAUAACAACAAAUGGUGGGCACUCAGAUGCAAGUACCAAGGUAUCUCUCCACCAGUGGAAAGAAGAAAAGAAGAUUUUGAUCCUGGUGCUAAAUACCACAUUCCUUCCAAUACACCAUACAUCAGAUACUUUGUGAGUUUUGUGAUACAGUUCCAGUUCCACAAAGCCUUGUGUAAGGAGGCUGGACAAACAGGUCCACUCUAUCAGUGUGACAUUUACCAGUCCAAAGCAGCCGGCAAGAAGCUAGGUGAUAUGCUGAAAUUAGGAUCAUCUCUACCAUGGCAACAAGCGAUGGAGAAAUUAACGGGACAAAGAAAGAUGGACGUUGGUCCUCUGAUCGAGUAUUUUAGUCCUCUGUUAGAAUGGCUGAAAGUUCAAAAUCAAAAUGAGACAGGUGGCUGGAGGAUGGAAUGUCCAACUUUUCUAGAGAAGGUAGAUGUGAACACAGCCAAGCAAUGGCUGGAAGAGAACAACCAGAUAGCACAGAUAAAGUUCAGUGAAGAAACUGAGGUGGAGUGGACGUACGCGACAAAUAUCACCGAUGAAAAUGCUCAGAAGCAGGUGAAAGCACGGUUUGAACUCGCUGAAUACGAGAAAGAUUCUGCGAGGAAAGCUUCUUACUUGCUGCAUGCUUUGAACAUUCCACAAACGUCAAUAAUUGGGAGGGAGUUGUUCAAAGUGUCUGAUAUUGGAACAAGUGCUCUUACAGAUAAAUCAAAGCUGCAAAAGUUGAAUGAGCUACAGUCGGAAAUUGAAGGAAUAUAUGGGAAAGCUCGGUUAUGUGUGACCAGUGAUACUUGUCUGUCACUUGAUCCAGAUAUGUACCGAAUAAUGUCGACAUCCCGGAACUUUACGGAACUAAAGACGGUGUGGGAAGGCUGGAGAGACGUCAGUGGGAAGAAGAUGAAGGAGAAAUAUUCUGAUUUUGUGAAACUGAGUAACGAAGGCGUAAGAGAACUGAACAUGGGCUAUAAUGAUACUGGAGAAUAUUGGAGGUCGAAAUAUGAAAGUGACACGUUCCAGGAAGACUUGAAAGGACUUCUAGAACAGUUGAAACCAUUGUAUCAGGAGCUCCAUACCUACGUGCGGAAAGAAUUGAGAAAACAGUACGGUACAGAGAACUUCCCUGUCUCAGGCCACAUUCCAGCUCACUUGUUAGGAAAUAUGUGGGCUCAAGAAUGGCAGAAUAUUUAUGAUUUGGUGAUACCAUUUAAAAAUAAAGCAAAUGUUGAUAUCACCCCAGUUCUAAAAGAGAAGAAGUACACUGCGCUGCGGAUGUUUAGAACGGCAGAGGAGUUCUUCACGUCUCUUGGUCUGAAGCGGAUGCCGGAAGCAUUCUGGAAUAAAUCGAUGAUUGUGAAGCCUGAGGGGCGUGAUGUAGUUUGCCAUGCCUCAGCCUGGGAUUUCUAUAAUCAGAAGGACUUCAGAAUCAAGAUGUGUACAGACACCACAAUGGAGGACCUAAUCACCAUCCAUCAUGAGAUGGGACACAUACAGUAUUAUCUGCAGUACAUGGACCAGCCUGUUGCCUUCAGAGAAGGAGCCAAUCCAGGUUUUCAUGAAGCUAUAGGUGACACAAUGGCUCUCUCAGUCUCAACACCCAAACAUUUACAUAGAAUUGGACUUCUUCAAAAUCUAACCAAUGACCAAGAGACUGACUUGAAUUUUCUGAUGAAAAUGGCACUAGAGAAGAUCGCCUUCCUUCCCUUUGGCUACCUGAUUGACCAGUGGAGAUGGAGUGUGUUUAGCGGGGAGACAACUCCUGACAAAUACAACCAGAAGUGGUGGGAGUUGAGGUGUAAAUACCAAGGCGUGUCUCCCCCGGUCGCCAGGACAGAGGAGGACUUUGAUCCGGGGGCAAAAUACCACAUUCCCUCAAACACUCCUUAUAUCAGGUACUUUGUUAGUUUUGUGAUACAGUUCCAGUUUCAUAAAACUUUAUGUGAGGCAGCGGGACAGACUGGUCCUCUUCACCAGUGUGACAUCUACCAGUCCAAGGCGGCGGGGGAGAAAUUAAGAAAUUUGCUGAAACAGGGUUCUUCCAAACCUUGGCCAGAUGUUAUGAAAGAAUUGACAGGACAGUCCAAGAUGGAUGUUUCUGCUAUUCUUGAGUACUUUAAACCAUUACACAAUUGGCUCAAGGAGCAAAAUAAAGGAGAAAAGAAAGGAUGGGAAACCAACUGCAACACAUUUAAUUCUGGGCAACUGUUUGCCCCUUGGCUGAAGAACUAUGAGGGUGAAGCGAAAAAAGUAUUCAAUCACAGAAUGAAAACGCUGUUUGAUUAUGAGUCAAACAUAACUGAUUUCAAUGAACAAAAAAAGAUAGAAGCUUCUCUCGCAUUUUCAGCGUUUAGAAAAGAGGCAUACAACUAUGUGAAAAACAUCGAUAUCCCCAAUAUUAAAAAUGAACGAGAUAGAAGACUGUUUGAAAAAAUAGCAGAUAUAGGAACCGGAGCCUUGAAAAGCAAGCAAGAAUUAGGACGGAUGGAAGAACUGGAAUCAGAUAUGAUAAAAAUAUACAGUACUGCCAAAGUCCCUGUCAGUGGAGUGAUGAUGGAACUAGAACCAGGUUUAACUGAGGUUCUGACUGAAUCAUCAGAUUAUGAUAAACUUCUCCAAGUUUGGAAAGGCUUUAGAGAUGCUGUGGGCCCUGCCGUGAGACCAAUGUAUGUCGAAUUUAUUCACCUGGCUAAUAAAGCAAUAAGGGAUCUAGGAUAUGGAGACUAUGGACAGUGGGAGAGACGCAGUUUUGACACAGACACUUUGCCAAGGGAUGUUGAAAAGAUUCUGAAUGGAUUGAUGCCCAUGUAUCGUAAUCUGCAUGCAUAUGCAAGAAAGAAACUGAUGGCAGUUUAUGGCGCUGACAAAUUCCCCAAAACAAGGCAUAUUCCUGCCCAUUUGCUUGGAAACAUGUGGGCCCAAAAGUGGGAUAAUAUAUACCGGUUACUACAGCCAUUUAAAAACAAAGAGUUGAUUGAUGUGACCCAGGAGUUGAUUAGACAGAAUUAUACAGUGGAAAGAAUGUUUAGAACUGCAGAGAGCUUCUUUACUUCUCUGGGGAUGGACAAAAUGACAGACAAAUUCUGGAAUUAUUCUCUGAUCAGAAAGCCCUCCAACAGAAAAGCACUCUGUCAUGCCGGAGCCUUUGAUCUUUUUGCUGAUAACGAUUUUAGGAUAAAAAUGUGUACAGUGAAAACUCACGAAAGCUUGAUAAUCAUCCACCACGAGAUGGGACACAUUCAGUACUUCAUGGAGUAUCAAGACCAGCCUGUGAAUUUCCGACAAGGUGCCAAUCCCGGAUUUCAUGAGGCCAUUGGGGAUACCAUAUCUCUUUCUGUUCAGACACCUGGUCACCUUCAGAAGAUUGGGCUGCUGCAUCCAGCUGCCAAAAGCAGUGAAGCAGAUUUGAAUUUCCUGAUGAAAAUGGCGUUAGAAAAGAUAGCAUUCCUUCCAUUUGCAUUUAUAAUGGAUAACUGGAGAUGGGGUGUAUUUAGCCGAAAUAUCAGCCCUGAUGAUCUCAACAGCAAAUGGUGGCAGCUUAGAUGCAAAUAUCAGGGAAUUUCCCCACCAGUCAGAAGAACAGAGAAUGACUUUGAUCCUGGUGCAAAAUAUCACAUUCCAGCUAAUUAUCAAUAUAUAUCAUAUUUUAUGAGUUAUAUUAUGCAGUUCCAAUUCCAUAAAGCUCUUUGCAAUGCCUCAGGACAUGCGGGUCCCUUACAUACCUGCGAUAUAUAUCAGUCCAAGAAUGCUGGGAAGUUAUUAAGGGAUAUGUUGAAACUCGGAGCAUCUGUUCCUUGGCCAGAUGCGAUGGAACAGAUAACCGGACAACGGAAGGUGGACAUUGGUCCACUUCUCGAGUACUUCCAGCCGUUGAACACGUGGUUAGAAAAUGAGGUGAAGGACGAAAUUAAAGAUUGGAAUGAUGAGUGUCCCAACCUACCGCCACCCAAGACAGUUACACAAACUAAAGACGAAAUAAACAGUGCUUCCUUUACAUAUAUAUCUACAGUGUACUUAGUCACCGGAACAUUAGUUACAGUUUUGUUUGCGUUAUUAAUUUGAGUUUGAAAUUUUUGUGUAUCCUAUAAACUAUUUUAUCCAAGCUUUAACAAAUCAUAUAUUUUUUUAAUUAAAUGUUAAAAAAUGAUAAUUAUGAUUACUAUUGAUAUAUUGUUGAUCUUGAAUUCAACAUUUCUGAUUUGAAGAAUAUAUACUACUCAAAAUUUGAUCAGGAUCACUAGGCUAUAUGUGUGUAAUUUACCACUAACAUAACAAAAGACAUAAAUUUGACUCAGAAA